UCCCGAUCGAUCCCAGCAUAGGAUCACACACCCAUUCUGAAAUUCGUGGAAUUGGUACCAUGAGUGCAUAGCUAGCUAGUAAAGGUACCAUCUAUCUAGCAAGGUUGCCAAGGGUAGCUUUUGAAAACUACUCAGCAGAGCAAUAACAUUCCUUACUCACCAAUUUGCUCACAAAAUCCAAACUGGAAAGCCUUGCAAAGCUUUUUAUUAGCUACUACGGUACCAUCAUACUAGUAAUAUCCCACCAUGACGAACUCGUUUGAAGACAACUUUCCUUGCAUCAUUGUGGAUUCUACCCACGAAGAGAUUUCGGAAGACUCGAUGAUUACGUUUUGCGCGUCGUUCAUGGGCGAUUCGAGCCGCAGCAUGUGGGGCGAGGAAUCGGUUGGUAACGGCAAUGCCGGUAACACGCCCGAACCCAACACCCGCUGGAACGUGCCUCGUCUUCCCCGUCGUCGCAAGUCCUCGCUCACGGUCAACUCAUCGUCCGGAGGUCUUCGACGUCCCACGCGUCGAUCCACCAAGUCGUCGUCUUUGGAAGUCUCGGCGGCUUCGGUCGUGUCGGAACUAUUGCUCCUGGACGACUUGAACUAUGCGUCGGCCAAUCGCAUCAUUCAAAUGCGUCUGCAAAAUACGCAACAGUCGAAUAACAGCUUGUUGCUAGUGCCCAUGCCCCGCUUGGAACGCAUUGAAUCCUUGGAACGAUUCCAAGAACAACCCAAGCCACGCACUUCGCUCGAAUUGCCUGCAUUGCCCAAACGCCAAAAGAGUCUUGUUUCCAAACAGACUUGUUUGGGUUUGGACCAACACACGGCAACGAACAAUGCUAGUCAAGACAACAGUGACGAUAUUGCCAGUCUGCUGGAAGCAUUGCCCCAAGAUUAAUAAUAAGUCAGUCAAGCAAGAAACGAAGGGGAUCUAUAUGCACCAACCAUGCAUGCAUGUACAUACCGGUAGAAAAAGAAUACUAUUAAUAGCUAUAGACAUCAUUUACUUUAC